AUGGGGUCCUGGCGCCCACCUGCUGUGCUCGCGGGUGCCCGGCCUCACGCCCCGCCAGAGCCCGCAUCUGUACGCGGGCGCCUGACGCCAUGGUGGCCAUCCGGUGAAGGUGCGAGGCGGGCCUGCGAGAGUGCCAGCAGCAGUUCCAGCAUCAUCGCGCUGGCCACACCCAUCUCUGAGGGGAGGGGAGGGAGCCAGUGUGUGGUCAGCGUGGCCAUCAUUGCACCGAAAGGGAGCCGCGAGGCCGCCUACACGUACGCGGUGACCAGCGCGGGAGUCACCCACAGCGUCACGACCGCCUGCUCCCGUGGCAACAUCUCCACCUUUGGCUGUGACGACCGCAGGCGAGGGCGGUACAGUUCUUCCGGGUGGAAAUGGGGCGGCUGCAGCGCCGACAUUAGGUUCGGGGUCAGGUUCGCGAAGAAGUUCCUGGACGCCCGCGAGGUGGAGGGGGGCGGCCGCGCCCUCAUGAACCUGCACAACAACCGGGCGGGACGCAGGGUUAGUGUCCGGGCGGGACGCAGGGCGGUGCGGAGCGGGAUGAGGACGGAGUGCAAGUGCCACGGCGUGUCGGGCUCCUGCACCGUCAAGACCUGCUGGAAGACCCUCCCGCCCUUCACCUUCAUCGGGAGGCACCUCUUCCACAAGUACAGGAAGGCCAAGUCCGUCUCAGUGCAUAAGGGCCGGAGAAGAUCCACGCCUCACCUGCGUCUGGAGAGGGUCAGGAGAAGAGCUCGACGGCCCCGCAAGUUUCAUCUCGUGUACUUGGAAAGGAGUCCCAACUACUGCCAGAUGAAUCCCGCGGUGGGUUCGCUGGGCACCGUGGGUCGCAAAUGCAACAGAACUUCGUCAGGGCCAGGUGGCUGUGACCUGCUGUGCUGCGGCCGCGGGUACAACACUCACCAGUACACACGCACAUGGCACUGCAACUGCAAGUUUCACUGGUGUUGUUACGUGCAGUGCCACACCUGCAUGGAGGACACUGAGGAGAACAACUGCAAGUGACCGUCCGUAGCGGGAGGCGGCGAGGCUGUGCUCUCCCGGCAGAGAUUCUUCAUUGGAGGGCGCGAGGGACAUAGUUUCGUUCAGCAUCGACAAGGUUCUUCAGUGACUGCGAGACAUCUCUGAGCGGUGACGUCGUACAAACACUCUGUAAUGGAUGGCAUUGCCUGAAACGCUGUGCUAGGUGGCCCGCGUGUUUACAACAUGGACGCCACCACCAAUGCUCUCUUCUCCCCUGAUGCGCAGACAC